AUGCCCAACAGCAAAGUAUCAAACUUGGCCAUACGGCGCCGUAUGCAGCCAAUUUGCGCUGCACCCGAUGAAUUGAUAGAGCAGCCCUCACAGCAUGUGCCGCAGCUUAUGGUACGCCCUACAAAUCGAGGUGGUGAGACGCUACAGGUAGCCAUGGGCGGUACCGCUAUUGAGCGCUCGAUGGUCAAUGUUGGCUCCAUUGCCGUGUACCUUGUCAAGCCUGUCAUGUCCACCGACAAUAAGCUCGGCAAAAAGACAACCAUCUUUGCUGUGCACGUGCAGAACGCUAUCACCGGUCGUAGCUGGGUCGUACACCGCCGUUACUCGGACUUCAUGAUGCUGCGCGGCCUCAUCACCGAGCACUUCAAGCUCUUUGACGAUGAGUUUCCGCGCAUUUCGAGGCAUGUAGACGAGCUCUACUUUCCCAAAAAGCACAAGUUUCGUCACAAGACGGGCAAGGUGGUCGAACAUCGAUGCGACGCGUUCCUCGAGUUUCUCAUGGGUCUGCAUCGACUUCUUCUUAGCCAGAACUACCUCGCGCGACGUGACGUCAGCCCCAUUGGACUGUCCAUUCUUCGUGGCUUCCUCGGUAGUGCGAUCGUACAGGACCCAAGCCACAGAGCUUACACAUUCCACAGAGCAAUCCUUCCGAUCGAGCUGAACCCGGCCGAGCGGACCCCAAUCAACCAGUGCGGAACGUUGACCACCGUGAUAGAAGACGAUGCCGAGUAUGAGGUGGAGAUCGAAGACGUUGAACCAGAACCUGAGUCAGAGGCAGAUAUUCUCUCUCGCAACGGAUCGUCGGAGGGCAGGGAAGACUCUUUGUCUGAGGAUAUGAGCGACGGUGAAAAUACCGAGGAGGAUCUUUUGUGUAUGUCGGAGAUUGUUGACCGAAGACGCUCAUACAAAUACGCCCGUAACCGUCGUGUGCUGCUCUUCUUGCGCAAAGACGGCGUGUCUACAGAAGUGGAAAGCCCAACUAACAUCAAGCAGAAGGACGUUUCCCCCCUGCACACCUCGUCCCCAUGA